AUUGCUCUUCGUUCCUCGAUCUUAGAUGCUGCAUCUAAUCUCAUCAACAUUAAUAUGUGUCGUCUCAUCACUUAGUCACUCAUUAGACCUCUAAGGAUAGCAUAAAUCUCCUGACGUAAAAGAAAUCGAGACAAGAAUGAAGGGUUAUGAGCCCUUUUUUUUCCGUCUGACUAGACAGCAUCUUGUUAAGUAUAUGCUAAAGUGCAUAAACCCAUAUAACUUACUCCUUAUGGCUGGAAACUCAUAUAAUUUAUGUUUAUGACAUAAUGUAACAAAGUUCUAACCCCUCAUUUUGAGGUAUCCUAUCUAGGUACACUAUUUCUGUGCCUGCGUAAUCACAGUAGAUACCUUAGUAACUUAACCAUUUUGUUUUGCUGCAGCGACAGUCAUUUUAGCGACAAAACUCGUGUAGUGUAUCUUGUCGGUUUUUCGGAAAUGCAUUCUGAGAUGCUACCCGAGUCAGGACAGAAGCCAUGAGCCUUUGUCAAGCCAUCCAGAGAAACCCUGGUGCACAGGCAAGGCUGGAAAGAUGGGCACUCAAAGCGCCAUGUGCAGUUUCUCCUCCCACCGUAAGGACGCAGCAGCGCCUUUUUCCUUGCACGGUGAAGUAGAAGGAAGCCUCCUUAGUCGUGUCAAGUACAGCCACUCCUCUCGGAGCUACAGGCAGGCAAGACCAGUCCCCCCGCUGAUAUUACAGCUAGCAGUGGCAAACAUAAACAGUGUGGAGGGCAUGCUCGUUGGGGAGUGGAAGCAGCCCCAUGAGAUCCAGAACUGAGCGCAGUCCAGCAUUGCAGAUCAUGGGUUAAAUACAUCCGUGCGCGUCUAUACACACGAAAACAAGUUUUCACAUUCUCUCGCUAUCUAUUUUUCCCCCGUCUCGUUUUCCGUGUUACCAGCUGGAAAGGACGCCACGUUUAAGCUCGACGUGCUCAUGCUCUUAAGGUAGGGGACUGAGUUGUGUUUCCCGUGCGUUUUAAAAAAAAAAGAUUUGCCUUCGGACGGAAAUCAUCAGCGAAAAACCGAAUCGAAGCAAAGAGCGGAACAGCAGGAAAAUCUCCAACCUGAAGAACUGGAUGUUUUAUGCAUUUUGCUCUUUGUGCAGAAGUGCACAUGUGUGAUGCAAGCGCGUCCUCAGUAAUAACUUUUUUAUCCUAAAGGAAAAGUUUACAGUGAAUGUAUACUGAGUUUAUUUCCCAGGUCAACAUUUGCAAUAAUUUACAGACUUUACAAAUCUACAAGCGAUUGCAUUCUUCAGAACGAUAGCUCGUAGCUUCCCUACCGAAACCCAAUAUUAGCGAUACACAUACUCGCUUUUAAAGACCUUUUGUUUUGGUUUCUCGUGGUGGUCUUGAAUUAAACGGAGAUGGAAGCUACGGACAGUCAGGAUGACAAAACGAAUAACCCGUCGAAGUCCGAGAAGAGGUUUGCGCUCUGGUACAUGGGCUGGUCGCCUCUGGACAGGCGGACCACGCUGCCCAUGCUGCCCUGGCUGGUGGCGGAGAUCCGCAGGAGACGUGAGAGGAGCGAAGCAGGUUCGGCCCAGGCCAGGGAGGUGCAGAUUAUUCUGAUCCCACCGCUCAUACGCUGCGUUCCUGCGAGCAACAGCAGCUCGUCCGUCUUCAUCUUCGAGCACAAAGCACAGCAUAUAUCCAGAUUCAUUCACAACAGCCAUGACAUCACCUAUUUUGCCUACCUUAUCAGGACUCAGCCUGACAACCCUGAAUCCGAGAUGGCGUGCCAUGUUUUCAAGGCAUCAGACCCAAACCAGGUGCCUGAUGUCAUCAGCAGUAUCCGGCAGGUGUCGAAGGCAGCCCUCAAAGAGGAUGCCAAGACCAAGCAGGAGGGAGAGGAGGCCUUUUACAACUCCCAGAGGUUUGAGGUUCUCUACUGCGGGAAGGUGACGGUCCUUCACAAAAAGGCCCCUUCCACCCUGAUUGACGACUGCGUUGAGAAGUUCAAGCAGCAUGAGUUGGAGAGCAAACGCAUCAAGCUGCUGAAUGACCAGAGAGGGUCGACAGACUCGGUAUCUUUUAUAGUUGGAGAAGGAGACCCCCUGACGCCGCUCCUGAGCAGCCCACCCGAUCGCGGGGAGGGCGGUGGGGCGGCGGACAGCGUGAAUGGGAACAGUGUCCUUUCGGCCAGCGCAAGCCAAGCCAGCCUCCAUGGGUCCCGCAGUGCCUUUCCGGAGUGCAUCUUGGAGGACUCAGGGUUUGAUGAUCAGCAGGAGUUCAGGACCCGGUGCAACAGCCUGGCUGCAGGGUUGCAAAAAAAGGUGUCAGAUAGCAACUUGACGGGUCCACUGCGCCGGAGACACGCCAGUGCGCCAAGCCAUGUGCAGCCCUCAGAUGCAGAAAAGAACAGGACCAUGCUCUUCCAGGUGGGACGUUUUGAAGUAAACCUUAUUAGUCCUGACAGUAAAUCAGUGGUGCUUGAAAAGAAUUUUAAAGAUAUUUCUUCAUGUUCUCAGGGCAUUAAACAAACUGAUCACUUUGGUUUCAUCUGCCGUGAAGCUAUUGAGUCAGGUCCAAGUCAGUAUGUGUGCUAUGUUUUCCAGUGUGCAAGUGAGUCUCUGGUGGAUGAGGUGAUGCUGACUCUGAAACAAGCAUUUAGUACUGCUGCUGCUCUUCAGAAUGCAAAAACCCAAAUCAAGUUGUGUGAAGCCUGCCCAAUGCAUGACUUACACAAACUCUGUGAAAGGAUAGAAGGUCUUUACCCACCAAGAGCAAAGCUUAUCAUACAGAGACAUCUUUCCUUGUUGAAUGACAAUGAACAGGCUGACAUUUUUGAACGUGUUCAGAAAAUGAAGCCAAGCAGCGAUCAAGAGGAAAACGAGCUGGUGAUUCUGCACCUAAGGCAGUUGUGUGAAGCUAAACAAAAAACUCAUCUUCACAUUGGAGAGACUCCCCAGCCAAACUCAUCAAACAGCGGGUUGUCGGAGAGCGUUUCUACAAGCGGCAGGUUUAAACUCGACGUUUUGAAGAACAAGGCUCGGAAGUCUCUGACCAACUCUCUGGAAAAUAUAUUUUCAAGGGGAGCAAGCAGAAUGAGAGGUCGUCUUGGUAGCAUGGACAGUUAUGAGCGGUCCAGCAGCCUAGCCUCCGAUAAGGACUGCUCCCCCGGGGACUCUCCCCCUACAACCCCACCAGCCUCCCCAGUGUCCUCGCUGGGACAGGCCUUCCCCGAGGAAGACCCCGACUCUCCGCAGUUCAGGAGACGAGCUCACACCUUCAGCCACCCACCCUCCAGCAAGAAGAGGAUCUCCUUCCCAGACUCCCGAUCUCAGAGCAGCAGAUCGCCCAUCCAGAGGCAGCAGUCUGUGGCGCCUGAGCUGCUGCAGAGCAGCCCCAUUGCGAUCUCGAGACGCACUCGCAGUGUUUCUGAAAGCGAUUCCUCCUCCUCCAGCAUCCCCGCUUCGUUCUCAGCUCCUACUUUCCUGAAAAACCUUUACCAGGCCUCCAGCCGGCCCCUCCCUCUGGCCGACAGUGGGAACUUCAAGAGCAAUGGUGAAGGCAGGAAGAGGACCUUCUCGGGGUGCAGCAGCGACUCCCUGAGCGCUGGGGUUCCUCCCGUCACCCCCCGUCGAAUCUCCUGGCGCCAGAAGAUCUUCCUCAGGGUCGCCUCGCCCAUGAGCAAGUCCCCCGCCGCGAUGCAGCGGAAAGACCGACUGGAUGGGACGGAGCUUCUGCCUUUGUCCCCGCUGGCGCCCGCUCUGGAGAAGGACCCCCUGGCCGCUCUGCUCCAGCCUGAGGAGGCCUUCGUGGAGAAGAGGCCCAGGCACACAGCAGAGGAUCUGAGGGCCCUGUGGAAGAAGGCCAUCCACCAGCAGAUCCUGCUGCUGCGCAUGGAGAAGGAGAACCAGCGGCUGGAAGAAGCCAGCAGAGAUGAACUCCAUACCCGAAAGAUAAAGCUUGAUUAUCAGGAAGUGGGCCAGUGUCCAAAGGAUGUUUCAGCAGCAUGGGACAAGAGACUGAGUGUUCCUGGUCGGGCGAAGGCGCGGUGUGAUAUGGAGGAGAUCCACAGUGCGUUGAGUCAAGGUGUACCAAAGAAUCGACGUGGGGAGAUCUGGCAGUUUCUGGCUCACCAGUAUCGCCUGCGACACCGGCUUCCCUGUAAACAGCAACCUCCAGACACUUCUUAUAAAGAGCUCCUGAAGCAGCUCACUGCACAGCAGCAUGCCAUCCUUGUAGAUCUUGGACGGACAUUUCCCACUCACCAGUACUUCUCCACGCAGCUGGGUGCCGGCCAGCUGUCACUCUUCAAUCUUCUGAAGGCUUACUCUUUGCUGGACGUGGAGGUUGGCUACUGCCAGGGAAUCAGCUUUUUGGCUGGGGUGCUGCUGUUACACAUGAGUGAGGAGCAGGCUUUUGAGAUGCUCAAGUUCAUAAUGUACGAUUUGAGCUUCCGCAAGCAGUACAAGCCUGACAUGGUCUCCCUGCAGAUCCAGAUGUACCAGCUUUCCCGACUGCUCCAUGACUACCACAGGGAUCUGUACGAUCACCUAGAAGAGAAUGAGAUCAGCCCAAGCCUUUAUGCUGCUCCCUGGUUUCUCACUCUCUUUGCUUCUCAGUUUCCUCUGGGCUUUGUGGCCAGCAUUUAUGAUCUAAUAUUUCUUCAGGGGACCGAAGUGAUAUUUAAAGUGGCUCUGUAUUUGCUGAGUAGCCAUGAAUCGCGUAUUAUGGAAUGUGACAGCUUUGAGACCAUUGUGGACUUUCUGAAGAGUACCAUCCCAAAUCUGACCUUAGCUCAGAUGGAAAAGACAAUCUCCCAGGUGUUAGAGAUGGACAUUUCCAAGCAGCUCCACGCAUAUGAGGUCGAAUAUCAUGUGCUACAGGAUGAAAUGCUGGAAGCAUCUUCACCUACUGAAGAUGGGGACAGAUUGGAGAAAUUAGAGAAGGCCAACAGUCAGCUCAAGAAGCAGAACAUGGACCUGCUUGAAAAACUACAGGCUGCCCGUCUUAAAAUACAGAGCCUGGAACUUACCAUGGAAAACUUUCUAACUCGGGAGAGUAAAAUGAAGCACUUGAUUCGUUCACUGGAGCAGGAGAAGGCAGCCUACCAAAAGACUAUAGAGCGCAUGCGGAGCAGCCUGCCACAAGACAUGCUGUCUGAUGUCGAACUGACAGAGAUUAAGUGUGGCUCAAAUAGCAAAGCAAAACCAGGAAACAAAAAGCCAUGAUGCUGAAAUAUGGUAAGGUGUCAUGCAGUAUGUUAUUCCCUUUUGGAUGAAUAUAACAUAUAAAUAAGGGAAAAAAAGCCUUGCCUACAGAGACUUUAAAAGCUUUGGCCUAUGACAUUUUGAAAGCAAAGUGUUUUGAGCCAGUUAAAGCUUGCAGGCCUUUGUAAUAUCAGUGUAGAAAUACAGAGCUUCACCUGGGUGUCCAUUACUGUAUCAUACAAAUAAUCCUUGAAUGUCAAGCAAAUAAGAGCUUUUUCUUAAUGAAACAGUGUAAUGGUAAGUGUAAUUAAUAUUUCGACAUGAGAAAACCUUUUGUUUUUUCAUGGAAAAAAUCACUGUGUUGAAAUAUGGGGUUUAAGUACCUUACAAUAAUAUAAUUCAAAGUGAAUUGCAAUGUUUUGAAAUUAAAUUUUGCUUUUCAUGUACAACCUUAUUCCAUAUACUCUAUUUUGGGACACACAAAAGACAAUGUUGUAUGUAUUGAAAAUACUUGAAAAAUGUUGAAUGUAUUUCCCUUCCAAAGAACAGCAUGUAUGAAAUCUGUUUUGUGCAAAAAGAAUAUAUGUGUGGAAUCAAAUAAACCUGCCAUAAGGCUUUGCUCUUAACACUGAAUAUUAAAAGCUGUACAGCCUUCCAUCACAACAUAGAAUUUGGAACAUAGGAUAGCUACUUCUGUAGCGCUGUGUGAUACCAAAAACAUUGCUGGCUUCUUACAAGAAAAGCUAAACCCAAAGUUCAGUCAGAAUUCAAAACUGUAGUCACGACAGUCAUUGGCUUCCUGUGUUGCAGACUUUGGUGUUAGACAGAGGUAAUUAACAGCUGCAGUCUAGUGAUUCCUUUGCCAGUUCUCAUCAUGACACUUAUACUGUAAGUUUAAUGCAAACUUUGCUGGUGUGAUCACAGAUUGCAUGCUAUGCAGUUACACAACUGAUGCUAGUAGAUAGUGUCCGGAAAAAAGUAAAAAGUAAAAAGUGCUUUACAGUCAGAUUUUAUGGACAUUGUAUCUAUAAUUUUUCAUGAUUUAAUUUCUUUUGUAAGUGUAGGUGUUCUAAGCUUCUUUAAGAAAGACACACUAGACAAAUUCUGUCCCCCAAGGCUGUUACUGCUUUUUGAUUUUUAUUGUUAGUUUGCUCAUUCUGUGAUAGGGAUGUCGCCUUUUUUUUCAUUUCGGUAUUGUCUAACCUGAGAAAGUCAGAUCACACUUCGGUGUGGGAAACCAUGAGCAGCAUUGCAGCUGUUCACAAACCUAAACAGUGAGGUUAGAAUAUUACUCAAAGCGGAAAGUUCUGUGCCCCUGUGAAGCAUUUUUUUGGUCUGCUUUUGCUCUGUUUUUAAUCUUCAUGAUGUGUUGGUUCUUUUUCAUAACCUUUGCAAGAAAUUGUUUUGAUCCUUUCUUAAACACACGCUAAACUCAUCAGGUUCUAGUCAGGCUCAGGUCAUCCACCAGGAAGAUGAGACACUGCAGUCCACAGUUGUUACAGAUGAAAAGUAAGAGGUUUUGUACUUGCUUAUACCUGUAGUAGGUAAUGAACCAGAAAUGUGAUGUUUAUCAAUAUUUGUAAAUAUUGUCCAGAUAAUUGACAAAUAUUAUUUAGAAACUGCAGCUUCUUUUUCAGAUUUACUGGAUUCUGAAAUGGUUGGGAAUUUACUGGUGUUUGCCUGGUCUAAGAUAUUAUCUAUAUCUAGAAACCACCAAAAUUAGAACUAAUUAAUGAUUGGCCAUUUUAAAUCUAUAGAGAGAGAGUUAUCUUUUCCAAGUCACAUUUUAUUUUUGUGAACUAACUAGGACUUAAAGAGAUGUUUAUUAUUUUGUCUGUGAGGAUUGUUUUCUGUAACUUCAUACAAAAUCUUAGAUGCUGCAAGAUAUUUUGUGAACUCCUCAGAAAAACACCUCCAAACCAUUUCAGUUUGUUUGCAGAUACAGACUAUCUUCUAUUGUUUUGUUUUCUUUAUGUUUGGUUAGUUGAGCAUUUUUCUGACAAAGUGCCAAAACUAGCAUUGCUUUCCUCAACCAUUAUUUUUAAUGAAACUUCAAGAAGUUAUUAAUGAUCACUAUGCAAUGUAGUCCUUGAAAAUUAAGAACGUGAAUAUAGAAAAGGGUAAAGGGUAAACUGAUGUAUUGGUAUACUUAAGUGUUUGAGAAAAAAUGUUGCUGCCCAUCCUCUGUCAUUUCCUAUUCUAUGUAGCACAUGAUGCAGCUUUCACUGUAGAAGACUGUCUGCUGUAUAGUAUUUGUCUGGUGCAGGAUUUUAUGAUGUUGGGGUUACCAGGAAUCAUUUGGCAAUGAAAUAGCCAUUGUAAAUUACAUUGUUACAAAACACCAAUAAAACAGAAUGAAAAAUACAA